AGUUGCCGGCAUGUUCGUCGAGCAGUAGCCAAAACUAAACAACUGCAAAAUUAAACAAAUUAACGUAAUUUUGAAAAAUCUAAUAAACUGAACACAACUAUAAAAGGCUUCAAGCGUACAAGAGCACAAUGAAGCUCAGCGUUGACGGGCUGCUCGUCUAUUUUCCUUACGAGUAUAUUUAUCCUGAGCAAUAUGCAUACAUGCUGGAGCUUAAGAGAAGUCUGGACGCCAAGGGGCAUUGCCUACUUGAAAUGCCCUCGGGAACCGGAAAAACAGCAACGUUACUCUCACUGGUAGUGGCAUAUAUGAUCGAACAUCCGGAGACAGUGCGCAAGCUGAUUUACUGUUCGCGAACGGUGCCAGAGAUUGAGAAAGUUAUUGCGGAAUUGCAGAACCUAAUGGUCUACUAUGAGCGCAAUGCGCCUGUGCCACCGGGUUUUACCGGUCUGGUGCUCAGCUCACGUAAAAACAUGUGCAUACACCCAGAAGUUAGUAAGGAGCGCGAGGGCAAGGCUGUCGAUGGCAAGUGCUAUGGGCUAACUGCUAGCUACAUACGUGAACGCCAUGAAUUGGAUGCUGAAGUGCCAAUUUGUCAGUAUUUUGAGGGUUUUACAUUGGAAGGCAAGGAAUCGACGUUGCCUGUGGGCGUCUAUAGCAUCGAUGAUCUUAAAGAAUAUGGGCGCUCAAGAAAUUGGUGUCCGUAUUUUGUGGCACGCUACGCUAUUGCACACGCCCACAUUGUUGUCUACAGUUAUCAUUAUCUAUUGGAUCCAAAAAUCGCGCAGGUCGUAUCAAAGGAGAUGACACGCGAGUCUUGUGUGGUUUUCGAUGAGGCUCAUAAUAUAGACAAUGUGUGCAUCGACUCAAUGAGUGUGAAAAUCAAUCGACGAACUGUGGAGCGCAGCACCAACGCCCUGAAUCAGCUCACGAAAUUGGUCCAGGACAUGCGGGAUGAGGAUACAAACCGUUUGAAUGAGGAAUAUCAACGUAUGGUGCAGGGUCUUAAGGAUGCCAGUGUACAGCGCGAUACAGAUAUGAUUCUGGCAAAUCCCGUGCUGCCCAACGAUGUGCUCACUGAGGUCGUCCCUGGCAACAUACGUAAUGCGGAUCACUUUCUUAGUUUUUUGCGACGCUUUAUAGAAUAUAUAAAAACUCGACUGCGGGUACAUCAUGUGGUUCAAGAAUCGCCAGCGGGAUUCCUCAAAGAUGUUUCGUCUAAAAUAUGCAUAGAACGCAAGCCUCUACGCUUCUGUGCGGAGCGUUUAUCCAGCUUGUUGCGUACGCUGGAAAUCAGCGAUAUGACUGAAUUUGGUGCCCUGACGCUGAUAACGCAUUUUGCCACCUUGGUCUCAACGUACACGAAAGGCUUUACCAUCAUUAUAGAGCCUUUUGAUGACAAGACGCCGACUGUUUCGAAUCCUAUAAUGCAUUUCAGUUGUUUGGAUUCAUCCAUUGCCAUGGCGCCAGUUUUUACGCGCUUUCAAACGGUUGUCAUCACCUCGGGCACGCUCUCGCCCAUGGACAUGUAUCCCAAGAUUCUGGACUUUGAUCCAGUAGUUAUGAGCAGUUUUACAAUGACUCUGGCGCGGCCCUGUCUGCUGCCAAUGAUUGUAUCAAAGGGCAAUGAUCAGGUGUCCAUCUCAUCGAAGUUUGAGACACGCGAGGACACUGCUGUCAUAAGGAACUACGGACAGCUACUGGUGGAGGUAGCCAAAACCGUGCCCGAUGGCAUUGUUUGCUUUUUUACAUCAUAUUUGUAUUUGGAAUCGGUUGUGGCCUCAUGGUAUGACCAGGGCAUUGUUGAUACUCUACUUCGUUAUAAGCUGCUCUUCAUCGAGACCCAGGACAAUGCCGAGACAAGCUAUGCGCUCAUGAACUAUGUUAAGGCAUGCGAUUGCGGUCGAGGCGCUGUUCUGUUGGCUGUGGCGCGUGGCAAGGUCUCCGAGGGUGUGGAUUUCGAUCAUCAUUAUGGUCGCGCGGUGCUCAUGUUCGGCAUACCCUACGUUUAUACGCAGUCCCGCAUUCUCAAGGCGCGUCUCGACUAUCUGCGGGAUCAGUUUCAGAUUCGAGAAAAUGAUUUUCUGACCUUUGAUGCUAUGCGACAUGCCGCACAAUGCGUGGGUCGAGCGUUGCGUGGAAAAACGGAUUAUGGUAUCAUGAUAUUUGCAGACAAACGGUUUUCACGUCAGGAUAAGCGGUCACGUCUGCCCAAGUGGAUACAGGAGCAUUUGGUGGACAGUUUUUGCAAUUUGUCCACAGAGGAAGCGGUGCAACUGGCGCGCCGCUGGCUAAGGCGCAUGGCUCAGCCAUUUUCGAGGGAAGAUCAGUUGGGUAUUUCGCUGCUGACGUUGGCACAGCUGGAGACAAUGGAGCAGGAGAAACUGGAACGGCAGGCGCAGGGAAAACAAGGUGUAGGUGGUGAGGUGCAGGAGUUGUAAUUAGAGUGUCGCGUGGCGCUUAAAAAACCGGCUCUCCAGCUGGCGCCGGCUUCCUUCCGCAAUGUAUUUUCUUUACCACUGGCCAUGUUUGUGUCUGAAUGAGAAUAAUUAUAAUAAAAAGUGAAUUUGUUGUCAGCUAAUGGCAUUGAAUGCCAUUAAACGGAGCAGCAAAACACAA